GCAACUUGCAAUUUUUAUUCGUUCUCAAUACCAUAGUGGUACAAGCUUAGCUUUGCAUAUGAAAGAUUUAAAAUUAUUAACUCAGAAUAAUCACCUCAAUGAAAUAUUAAAACUUGAGAAUAUUAUUAAAUCAAUCUGGGUUCUUUUGGUGGAUGGAGAUUAUUUGACAGUUCGAACAUAUGCACCUUAUCAUUCAGCCUACAAUUCUGUUGAACAUAGUAUAUUAAUAUUUUUACAGAAGCUUGCAGGAAUUGUUUUGCCAGCUGAUAAAUAUGGUUUUCAUCUAAAUUCUCAAGGUGAAGUAAUUGAUCAAGAGCUCACUAAAAAAAAUUUUAAAUAUGCAAGUGAAGUUUUAUGUGAUCUAUGGAAUUGGGAUCUUAUUUUUGGAUGA